AUGCGGUACAAUCCGGGGAGUUAUGUCAAUAUUGACUAUGAUGCGAGUAGUCAACAGUUUCGUCGUUUCUUUGUGUCAUUCGCUGCGUGUAUUUCUGGGUUCAAUUCUUGUCGGCCUUUAUUAUUCUUGGAUGGAACAUUCUUCAAAGGAAAGUACAAAGGUCAGCUACUGGCGGCAACGGCGAAAGACGGAAACAAUGGUCUGUUUCCUGUUGCAUUUGCGAUUGUUGAUUCGGAGACCACGGCGAAUUGGUCGUGGUUCUUGCAUGAACUUGGGAAGGUUGUUGAUGGUAACCGCCAGAUUACUUUUAUUUCGGAUCGUAAUCUUGGCCUGUUAGAAGCUAUGCCGAAGGUGUUCCCAUCGGCUCAUCACGGUUAUUGCUUACAACACUUGAAGAGCAAUUUAAGAGACCGGAUGAAAGGAAUUGAUAAUGGCUUCAGGGAUCACCUAGUAAGUAGUUUGGGUGAUUGUGCUUAUGAGCCAACUGUGGUAGGGUUCCAUGAAAAGCUUGCAAAAUUAAAAGAGGAGGGUAAACAACGAGCACAUGAUUUUUUCAAGGACUUGGCACCUGAGCACUGGGCAAAUUCAUACUUCAGGGGCAUGCGUUAUGGGGAGAUGACUUCCAAUGCGGCGGAGUCAUUUAAUAACUGGAUUAAAGAAGCACGUAAUCUUCCUAUCACUCAAAUGGUGGACACAAUUCGUACUCAGUUGAUGCGGCAAAUGUUUGCACGUUGGCUUAGAUGA